UUCAGGAGAUACUGCUGUGAGGAUCGCGGUCAUGUUUCGACACCCUGGUGAACUCGCUGUGCUGCUGCUGCUGCUGCUGGCAUGGAGCUGUGAAAUCCAGGGAUCAGCAGAGCCACACAGAAUCAGACGGUCCUCCCGGGUCUGGAGCGAUCCUAACCCGGUCCGGCUGCGUGCAGAGCUCGCUCCCGACGUUUUGACGUCAUGCGACUUCAACAGCGACUCCGCCCCCUUCUGCCAAUUCCGACAGGACUCAAGCGACCAAGGCGAUUGGACGAGGCACCGUGGGCCCACCCCCACGGAGGGCACGGGUCCCAGCGGGGACUUUCCUGACGGGGCUGGGUACUAUAUCUAUCAUGAAGCAGAUAACGUCGCUAACGGUCAGACAGCUCGCUUGCUCAGCCCGGCUCUAUCUCCCGACCCCUCGACCCAGUCGAUCUGCCUGCAGUUCUGGUACUUCAUGUACGGGUCGGACUUCCAGAACCAGCUGCGGGUCUUGGUGCGGAGAGGAGGGGGGCCCGGGGAGGAGGGCGUGUGGGAGAAGAAGGGCCCACAGAGCCCAGCCUGGCUGGAGGAGAGAGUCACACUACCGGCUCCUGAGGGGCAGACGCUCAUGGUGGUGUUUGAGGCUGUGCGGGGAUCGAGCUCGUCCUGUGACACGGCGUUGGACAACAUCACCAUCAGCAGCGGAGCCUGCGCCUCUUGUCUGCGUAGCUGUGAUUUUGACACCUCCAGUGACCUCUGUGGCUGGACCUCCCUUCCGGACCCCGCUACCUUCGGCUGGGAGCAGUGGGCUGGGGCCACAGAGACGGACGGGACUGGACCGGACGAUGACUUCACCAGACCCGGCUUCGGUCAGUACAUGCUGCUGGACUCUGUAUUGGCUGUCCCUGGUGCUGCAGCCCAGCUCUGGAGUCCUGCAGUCCAGUCCACAGGCUGCUUGAGCCUCUCCUUCAGAUAUUACAUGUACGGUUCAGCCAGGACCAUGAAACUGAGUGUGAGGACCACAGAACACGGAGCCGCUCUGGGGCCGGAGCUGUUCGCUCUGACCGGGAACCAGGGACAGGGCUGGAAGCUGGCGGAGGUUCGAUACCCAUCAGUAGAGAACGUGGAGGUGCAGUUUGUGAUCAUCGGGGUGUACGGAGAGACAGACCAGACUGACAUCGCCAUCGACGCAGUCUGCAUCAACACCUGCCCAGCCGGACCUUCUCCAACAACCACGAAACCCACGACCCAGUCCACUGCAACCACCACCAAAUCCACCACGACCCAGUCCACUACAACCACCAGCAAACCAUCCACUCCUUCAACAGGGACAACAUCCACCACGACCCAGUCCACAACAACCACCAGCAAACCAUCCACUCCUUCAACAGGGACAACAUCCACCACCAAACCAACCACAACCCAGUCCACUACAACCACCAGCAAACCAUCCACUCCUUCAACAGGGACAACAUCCACCACCAAACCAACCACAACCCAGUCCACUACAACCACCAGCAAACCAUCCACUCCUUCAACAGGGACAACAUCCACCACGACCCAGUCCACUACAACCACCAGCAAACCAUCCACUCCUUCAACAGGGACAACAUCCACCACCAAACCAACCACAACCCAGUCCACUACAACCACCAGCAAACCAUCCACUCCUUCAACAGGGACGACAUCCACCACGACCCAGUCCACUACAACCACCAGCAAACCAUCCACUCCUUCAACAGGGACGACAUCCACCACGACCCAGUCCACUACAACCACCAGCAAACCAUCCACUCCUUCAACAGGGACGACAUCCACCACCAAACCAACCACAACCCAGUCCACUACAACCACCAGCAAACCAUCCACUCCUUCAACAGGGACAGCAUCCACCACGACCCAGUCCACAACAACCACCAGCAAACCAUCCACUCCUUCAACAGGGACAGCAUCCACCACGACCCAGUCCACUACAACCACCAGCAAACCAUCCACUCCUUCAACAGGGACGACAUCCACCACGACCCAGUCCACAACAACCACCAGCAAACCAUCCACUCCUUCAACAGGGACAACAUCCACCACCAAACCAACCACAACCCAGUCCACUACAACCACCAGCAAACCAUCCACUCCUUCAACAGGGACAACAUCCACCACCAAACCAACCACAACCCAGUCCACUACAACCACCAGCAAACCAUCCACUCCUUCAACAGGGACGACAUCCACCACCAAAUCAACCACAACCCAGUCCACUACAACCACCAGCAAACCAUCCACUCCUUCAACAGGGACAACAUCCACCACCAAACCAACCACAACCCAGUCCACUACAACCACCAGCAAACCAUCCACUCCUUCAACAGGGACAACAUCCACCACGACCCAGUCCACUACAACCACCAGCAAACCAUCCACUCCUUCAACAGGGACAACAUCUACCACCAAACCAACCACAGUGUCAUCCACCACCAAAUCAACUACGACCACAACCACCUCUAAGCCCACCAGCCCCCCUGUGGUGUGCCCCCCGAAUUCUCACUACCAGACCUGCGGACCGGCCUGCAUGCCCACCUGUGAGUUGCCCCAGUCUAACUGCACUGGCUCCUGCAUAUCAGGGUGCUUCUGUGACCCGGGGUACCUGUACCGGGGUCGGAGGUGUGUGCCGGUGGAGAAGUGUGGCUGCUUUGACAAGCAGGACCAGUAUGUGGAGCCGGGUCAUGUGAUCUUCGGUGACGGCUGCUCGGAGGUGUGCCGUUGCCUUGGUAACUACACGCUGGAGUGCACGAGCAACGAGUGUGAGGCGACAGAAGAGUGUCGCAAUGUCAACGGAGUGCCGGCCUGCUACCCCAAAGGUUCGUCCACCUGCGUCGUGUCAGGUGACCCUCACUACACGACCUUUGACAGGCGGCGCUACGACUUCAUGGGGAACUGCAGCUACGUCCUAUCACAGCCCUGCAACGCCAGCGUGGCCCCGCCCACCUUCACCGUGUACGCCAGCAACGAGCACCGCUUCGGACAGACGCGCAUCUCUUACCUCCGCGCCGUUCACGUGGAAACGAGGGGCGUCGUGGUGACCGUGCUGAAGGGACGCGCCGUGCAGGUUAACGGAACAAGCGUGAACAUUCCAGUAAGCCCCGCCCCUGGGGUGUCAGUCUUCAUGUCAGGGAAGUACGUUGUCGUGGAAACGGAUUUCGGAUUGACCGUGCGCUACGAUGGGAAUCACUACGCGGACAUCAAAGUGAUCAGCGACUACAAGGGGGCGCUGUGCGGACUUUGCGGAGACUACAACAGGGACCCCAAAGAUGACUUCAGGAGACCGGAUGGCGUGCUGGUGCCAGGGGUGAAUGAUUUCGGGAACAGCUGGAAUGUCCUGACCAGCUGCAACGCCAGCCAGGGAGAGACCGUCCCACAAUGCACUGAGGAGGAGGAGGAGCUAUACAAAGGCCCCGCCUACUGUGGAAUGCUAUUGGAUCCCAAAGGGCCCUUUGCUGCCUGUCACACCAAGAUCAGCCCCAAUAGUUUCUUUAGGGACUGCCUCUUCGAUGUGUGUGCGCUGGGUGGUGCGCAGCCCCCUCUCUGUGAGGCUCUGGAGUCCUACACGAGCGAGUGCCAGGAGAGAAACAUCUCCAUCACAGCCUGGAGGAACGACACCUUCUGCCCUCUGCAGUGCCCCUCGAACAGUCACUACUCCCCCUGCGUCUCCCCCUGCCCCCCCUCCUGCCUGCCCCCUGCCCCCCAGGCCUGCCAGCGCCCCUGUGCGGAGGGGUGUCAGUGUGACCCCGGCUUCGUUCAGAGCGCCGGGGGGUGCGUGAGGGAGGAGUCCUGCGGCUGCAGCUACAACGGGAGUUACUACCAGCCGGGGGACGAGUUCUUUGGUCCCGAGUGUCUCUCCCGAUGCCGCUGUGAGCUGAGCAACGUGACCUCGUGUCGGCCGUGGAGCUGCUCGGAUCAGGAGCACUGCGGAGUGGAGAGCGGAGAGCUGGGCUGCCACCCCACAGGUUCGGCCUCCUGCGUUAUUUCGGGGGACCCCCACUACAUGAGCUUCGACGGCAGGCUGCUCAGCUUCAUGGGCACCUGCACAUACACACUGGCCAGGACCUGCAAGAACAACACAGGGCCCUGGUUCUCAGUGGAAGGGAAGAACGAGGAGAGAGGCGUGCAGGGCGCCUCCUACCUGCGCAAACUCUACAUCACAGUGGGAGGAGCCUCGAUCACGCUGAUGAAGAGCCAGCGCACUCUGGUGAACGGUGUGAGGGUCAGGCUGCCUCACUCCCCUCUGCCCUCGGUCUCUAUUUCUAUGACCGGUCAGUACGUGGCCGUACGGACCACUUUCGGGCUGUCAGUGCGCUGGGACGGCAAUCACUACGCUGACAUCACCGUGCCCAGCUCGUAUUUUGGGGCUCAGAUGUGUGGACUGUGUGGGAACUACGAUGGCGAUGGAACCAAUGACUUCAUGACGCCGGGAGGGGGGCAGGCGGGGAGCUCGGACGAAUUCGGGAACAGCUGGCAGACUGAGCAAGACGAGGACAAAGAGUGCCGUCCAGACAAUGAGACUGACCCCCCCUGCGACCCCAAGCUCCAGGCCACAGUGUCGAGCCCAGAGAACUGCGGCAGGAUCAACGACACCCAGGGACCAUUCAGGGACUGUAUCUCAGUGGUGGACCCCCAUCCCUAUCUCCAGAGCUGUGUGUAUGACAUGUGUCGCUAUGAGGGGCUGCAGCAAGCUCUCUGUGAUCAGCUCCAAGCCUUCACCGCUGCCUGCCUGUCAGCAGGAGCCCCGGUGCACAACUGGAGGGGCCCCAGCUUCUGCCCUCUAUCUUGCCCCCCGGACAGUCACUACUCCCUGUGUGCGAGCGUGUGCCCCCAGUCCUGCCCUGGGACGGCUCCCCCUGCUGGCUGCUCAGAGGAGGGGUGUGUGGAGGGGUGCGAGUGUGACCCCGGGUUCCUGCUCAGCGACGGACACUGUGUCCCCCUGUCCAACUGCGGCUGUGUGGACAAGGAGGGGAGCUAUCACCCGACGGACGAGAGCUGGUUCCUGCCCGGCUGCUUCCAGCGCUGCUCCUGUUUGGGUCAGAACCGGAUUGAGUGUGAGGAGACGAGCUGCACUGGAGCCGAGGUCUGCGAGCUGCAGGAGGGGGAGUACGGCUGCCAUGCCCUGGAUCGCGAGACCUGCUCUGUGUCGGGGGAUCCCCACUACGCCUCGUUCGACCGCGCGCUGCAUCACUUCCAGGGCUCCUGCUCCUACACCCUCUCCCAGCCCUGCAACGCCUCCUCCGGCUCACCGGACUUCAGCGUGGUGACGGAGAACGAGCGCCGCGGCAACAACCAGCGUGUGUCUUACGUGCGGGCCGUCCACGUGAGCGUGGGGCAGAGACACAUCACCCUGGCCAAGGGACGCAGAGUCACGGUUGACGGAGUCCGUGUGACCCCUCCACUCCGCCUCCCCGAGGGGGUGACCGUGAGGCUGGGCGGGACCUUCGUUUCCGUGGAGACAGACUUCGGGCUGUGGGUGCGAUUCGACGGCAAUCACCACGCCGAUGUGUCUGUGCCAUCCUCGUACCGCGGUCUGCUGUGUGGGCUGUGUGGAAACUACAAUGGGGAUCCCAGAGAUGACAACCUGAAGCCUGACGGGCAGCCAGCAGGGGGCAGCGCUGAGCUGGGGGAGAGCUGGCAGGUCCCGGACAACAGGACAGAGUGCUCACAUGACGGGGGCGUGGACACGUGUGACCCGAAGGUCGAGAGCGAGGCUAAGAAGCCCACCAGCUGUGGCAUGAUCACGGACCCCAAGGGCGUGUUCCAGCCGUGUCACUCAGCAGUGGCCCCUGACGUGUUUCUGGAGAGCUGCGUGUACGAUGCGUGUGCAACUGGAGGUGGCGCCGUGGAGCUCUGCCAGGCUCUGCAGAGCUACGCCUCCCUCUGUGCCCAGGCGGGCAUCAUAAUCUCCUGGAGGAACAAGACGUUCUGUCCUCUCUCCUGCCCGGCUGGCAGUCACUACACCCCCUGUGGCUCUGCCUGCCCCUCCAGCUGCGUGGACCCCGGCGCCACCAAUGCCUGCCCCCUGCCCUGCGGGGAGGGGUGCCAGUGUGACCCCGGCCUGGUGCAGAGCGGGGAUCGCUGCGUCCCGUUCUCCCAGUGUGGCUGUCAGGACCAGAACAACUACCACCCAGUAGGAGACAGCUGGUUCCCUGCUCUUGACUGUUCCCGGCGCUGCACCUGCUCUGCUCCCAACACCAUCACCUGCCAGGACUGGCAGUGCAGCCCUGCAGAGACCUGCCAGAACCUGGAGGGGGAGCUAGCGUGCCACUCGACAGGGGGCGCAGUGUGUCACGUGGCGGGCGACCCUCACUAUUACACCUUUGAUCGUGUGAUGCACACCUUCAUGGGCACGUGCACGUACACGCUGGUGGAAGUGUGCAACACCAGCCUGGUCACUCCCCUCACUAUCACAGCCAAGAACGAGGAGAGGGGUCAACCGCUGGCUUCCUAUGUGCGGUCAGUCAGCGUGGCGAUCCACGGGACCACGGUCACUCUGAGCAAGAGCAGGAGGAUACUGGUGGACGGUCGUCGGGUGCUGCCCCCCCUCUCUGGCAGCAUCCCGGGGGUGUCCCUCUUCACCAGCGGGGUGUACGCGGUGCUGCAGACGGAUUUCGGGGUGAGCGUGCGGUUCGAUGGGGUUCACCACGUGGAGAUCUUCCUGCCAGGGUCCUACUACCACAAGGUUUGUGGGCUGUGUGGGAAUUAUAACGCGGACCCUCGGGAUGACAAUCUGAAGCCGGACCGGACCCCCGCGAAGGACGUGGUUGAGUUGGGGAACAGCUGGAAAGCAGAGGGGGACAGUGACCCAAGCUGCCAGCCCGAUGACCGUGAGAAUCUCGACCCCAAGUGUACCCCAGGGGAGGAGUCUCGGUACAACGCCCUGUGCAUGGAGCUGCUAUUGGCUGAUCGCUUCCGGCCCUGCCACCCACCCUUCCUGCAGAACUGCAUCUUCGACCUGUGCGAGUUCCAGGGCAUGCUCUCAACGCUGUGUGACAACGUGGAGGGCUACGCACAGGCGUGCCAGAGCGAGGGGGUGACAGUGAGCUGGAGGAACGAGACCUUCUGCCCUCUGCCCUGCCCCCCUCACAGUCACUACACCCCCUGCUCCCCCCCCUGCCCCUCCUCCUGUGCGGACCUGUUUGGGGGUGGUGGCUGUGCUCCCCUCGGGGGUAGCUGUGUGGAGGGGUGCCAGUGUGACCCCGGGUUCGUUCUGAGCGACGGCCAGUGUGUGGCGCUGGAGAGCUGUGGCUGCAUCGACCCCGAGGGGGAGUAUCACAACGUGGGGGAUUCCUGGCUGACCAAUCACUGUGCAGAGCAGUGCCGCUGUGAAAGGGGCGGGUCUCUGCAGUGCAAGCCCUUCCAGUGCAGCGAUAGGUCGGUCUGCGUGCUGAACAGCGACGGGAUUCGCUACUGCAAACCAGAGAAAUUCGACUCCUGCAGCGUGUCAGGAGACCCACACUAUCGCACCUUCGACAGGUUCAGCCACCACUACCAGGGCGUCCACACCUACACCCUCGUGCAAAGCUACGGCCUGCCCAACUCUCUAGCGCCCCUCACUGUCCGGGGCAGGAACAGGCAGAGCCCUCGGAACAGACGCGUCUCCUUCCUGAACGAGGUUUACAUUGAUGUGUACGGGGUCAGCGUGCGGCUGCUGCAGGGCAGGAGAGUGCUGGUGAAUGGAGAGAGUGUGCACCCCCCCUACCAGCCCCGCGAGGGACUGCGUCUGUCUCUGAAGACAAAGUCCGUCCAGCUGGAGACUGACUUUGGACUGAGGGUGAGCUUUGACGGGAAAGAGCACGCAGAGGUGGUCCUGCCCAGUACGUAUCGCGCGCGGGUUCGAGGGCUGUGCGGAAACUACGACGGCGUCAAAAACAACGAGUACAUGAGACCCGACGGGAGCCUGACACGGAACCUGGACGUGUUUGGAGACAGCUGGAGAGCGAACGAGAGGAGCGAGGGGGAGAGCGGACCGGAGCCUGCAGUACCACACAGAACCAGGCGUGAUGUCGAGGCCCCCCCAGACUCAGGGUUCGGGACGGAGGGCUGCACCCCCUCCCAGCUGGAGCUGAUGAGCGGGCCGGAACGCUGUGGGGCGAUGGGGGACCCCGCGGGACCUUUCAGGGGCUGCCAUGGGACCAUCCCACCCGCUGAGUACCAGGAGAACUGCGUGUUUGACCUGUGCGCUGAGCUGGAGGACCCCUCCCUGCGUUGCCUCAGCUACGAGACCUACGCUCUGAGCUGCCAGGAGAGAGGAGUGAAGCUGGGAGCUUGGAGACAGGAGCUGGGCUGUGGUCUGAAGUGCCCCCCCAACAGCACCUACACCCCCUGCAUGCCGGCCUGCCCCGCCUCCUGCGCCGACCUGGCCGCUCCCUCGGAGUGCGACACCCCCUUCUGUCAGGAGGGCUGCCGGUGCGAUGCUGGCUUCGUGCUGAGCGGAGAGGACUGUGUGCCCUACAGCCAGUGCGGCUGCACCUUCCAGGAAAAAUACCACCUGCUCAGCGAUCGCUUUGUUUCGGAGGACUGUUCUCAGAGCUGCACCUGCACAGCUACAGGAGUGGUGUGCGAGAGGAAGGGGUGCGCAGAGAGUGAGGUGUGCACCGUGUACAACUACACCAGGAACUGCUACCGAGCGAGCCCGUGUCUCAGCGAUCCGUGUCUCAACGGGGGCAUCUGCCAGGACACGGCAGAGGCCGGACCCGGGUUCCAGUGCCUCUGUCCCGAAGGAUUCCAGGGCACGCUGUGCGAGGCGGAGAAGAUUCCCCAGGAGAACGACCACACGCUCGCGAUCAUACUGGGAGUGCUGGUUCCUCUACUGGUCAUCGUGAUCGUGCUGCUGUCAGUCUCUAUACAUCUCUACAGGAAGAAGAGUAUCGAACCCCCUCUGAUCACAGACCUGCAAAGACUGGAUAAUGUGAACUACGAUCCACAAGGAAACAAGAUCACCAAGUUCUGAGAUUCAAAGACAAGGAACUGCUGACUGAAGAACGGAGACGCACAGAGAGACACAGACACACCCAGAGAGACACAGAGACACACAGAGAGACACAGAGACACACAGAGAGACACAGAGACGCACAGAGAGACACAGAGACGCACAGAGAGACACAGAGACGCACAGAGAGACACAGAGACACACAGAGAGACACAGAGACACACAGAGAGACACAGAGACGCACAGAGAGACACAGACACACAGAGACACAGAGACGCACAGAGAGACACAGAGACACACAGAGAGACACAGAGACGCACAGAGACGCACAGAGAGACACAGAGACACACACACACACAGAUACAGACAAACACAGAGACACAGAGACACACAGACAGACACACAGAUACAGACAAACACACAUACACACAUACCCAGAGAUACACAGACACACACUGAGACACAGAGACACAGAGAUACAGAGACACACACUGAGACACAGAGAUACAGAGAUACACAGACACACACUGAGACACAGAGACACAGAGAUACAGAGACACACACUGAGACACAGAGACAUAGAUACAGACACAGAUAAACACACACCUGCAAACACAGUACCAGGGCACUUUAUUAUUCAAAUGAAAAUUCAACGUUGGAAUAAUGGAAUAAAAAAUGAGUUCUAUAAAAAUUAGAAUGAACUUCACAUUGGGCAUUUUCUAUUGAAAGAAAAAAAAACACAAUAUCAUAUCGAGGUUUAUAUAUAUAUAUAUAGAUAGAUAUAAUAUAAUAUAUACAUGUGUGUAUUUUGAUUGUUAUGGCUGUUUAUUUAAAAAAAAAAAUCAUUUCUAGCUGUUUAGUUUGUAGAAUGGAUCAAGAAACUCAACAGCAGUGUUUGAAGAAUCGAGAGGCUGCUUUCUAAAUGUGUUGUAAAUGUCCACGUGUGUAAAAUAAAAUCUUUUUCAAUAAA